AUGGCAAAGAAGAAGGAUACAAAAACUAUGAAUGAUGAUCGAUUAUUGGAUUCAGAUGAAAAAGAUUUAUUGACACUUGAAGGUUAUAUCAAAGCUUUUGAAUCAUGUGAGAAAAAUUCUGAUAUAUUCGCUCGUCUAACAAAAGAAUGGGAUGAUAUUGAUGUUGACGUUUGGAAAAAUCAUUUAUCAUCUAAAAAUAUGCUUCAACCAGCAAAAUAUCUUUUUUUCUUUUGGGAGAAUAAUUUUGAAAAUAAACGAUUAGAAGAAAAAGAUUUUAGAAAAUUUAUUGAAAUAUUUUCUCUUCUUGAAAGUGUCUUUCGAAAUGUUCUACUUCGACCAUAUAUACCUUCUUAUCGUAUAAUAAAUAUGAAUUGUGGUCCAUAUCGUUCAUUUGUGACAAUAUCUGAUAAAUUAUUAUUUGAGCAGUUACAUUUUCAUGAAAAAUCCUCAAAUCUACUAAUUUAUGAUGGAAAUAGUUCAACACGAACAAUUAUUUAUGCUAUAACUUGUUCUAUUUUUUGGCAUAAUCUAAUGAUGAAGUUAAAAAAUAAAUAA